CCGCGCAAGAAGGAAGCAGAUGAGAAGCAGGGAGGCCAUGGAGCUCCUGGGCUUCGCUCCCUACUCCCGGCCGUCCCCUUCCGAGGUUAAGGCUGCGUAUAGAAGAAUGGUGAUGGAGUCCCACCCUGAUCGUGUCCCCAUGCAUCAGAAGCCCCAAGCUGAGUCCAAAUUCAAGCAGAUAUCAGAAGCAUAUUCUUGUUUGAAGGAUGGCCGAAGAUCUGGGAAUAGGAUGGAAGUACAUGUGAUGAGGUAUGGUGCUCCAAGGGGAUACGGAAGUUCAAAUAGGACUUUGGUUAAAGCCCCCUUUCUGCUCAUAAUUUGUGCGGCGGUUUCCUUUGGUUCCUACAGCGCUUCAAGGGCCUACCAGCGGCAGAAGGAAGUUUGUUCCUCUCAGAACCCUUUUCUACCGUAGCGGUAAUGGGAUACCGUUAUGCUGUGUCUAGAAUAGAAGAAUUGUUUGUGACAUUGUACAUAUGUUAAGAUAUCUGCACUGAA